CGACUAGAAUCACAUAGUAGUGCUAAUAGCUCUACGAAGCUGUAGCAAAUAAGCCAAUCCUCUUGACUAAUUAAUCGCUUUAUUAUAAUUCUAGCGAAAAUGAAGCUUGUUCUAAAAAGUGUUUUGCUGAUGGUUUUGAUUUAUAAAUCGUAUUGUUCAUCGACAAAACCAAAAUACCACAUAGCAACUUAUGCAGCCAAUUGGUUCGAAUCGUCGGAAUACUGUCAUCGGAAGGGCAUGCAAUUGGCCAUAAUCGACUCGGAGGAGAAACAGGACGCCGCAGUUCAGGCCGCCGAAGCCGAGGAACUUCAUUCGUCCGGUUUCUUCGGAGUUUGGCUGGGUGCCACGGAUUUGGCUCGGACCGGCAAUUUCGUGUGGCACAACACCGGAGCAAGGAUGCGUUUCUCGCGUUGGAAGCCCGGAGAACCUAGUGGUGGAGGCGAGCAUUGUGUGGUGUUGUACUACUGGCCCAAACAGGGAUUCAACUGGACCUGGAAUGACGCUCCUUGUGAAAGGGAUUAUCUGUAUGCUAUUUGUGAGAACGCUGGAGGGACGACGUGCAUAGAGGAGUUUUAGCAGUGGCAGAUUGAGUCAAGAUAGUUGAGGGUUUCAAUGCAUUGUUAAAAGUUAUUGGCAUUUAAAAUAUAGCUAUUGUUAUAAAGGUAUGCGAUAUGCAUUUGGUGGUAGUGGUACAAAACAAAACGAUACAGGAUUUUUUAGAACUCGUGAAGAUGAAACGAAUUGUUUAGUGAAGUUCGACACAAAAUCCCAUAUUGUACGAAAUUUUUAAAAACGAAUCAGAGUUUUUUAUUGCGCUUCAUUUUUUCAACAUUAUUUCUUUUGUAAUUUUGUUGUAAAACAUUUUCAAGCGUGUGUUGUCUACAGUAUAGCAUAUAUGGCAAACUAUA